AGAAAAUAACCUAAUUUAAAAUGAUAGACAUUAAGCUCUAUACAGUGCAAGGUCUCAUCCCAGUCAAGAAGGAUGCCCAUGGAGGUAACCAGCUUGGAUGGAAAACGAUCUAUGGUCAAAUGAACAACACCACCUUUGAGUAUACCAGUAAUCAUGAGCAGGCUAGCCUAGGAGACUUUAAUUUCCAAAUUCCUAAUUGAACUGUGAUCUACCAAGCCAAGCAGAAGGAAAAUAUUGUCAAGAUUGCCCAGAAGACCAAAAGCAAGAGCUCUCAAGACCCCAAAUAUGUUGAACUCAAAGCUGAUGAAGAUCACCCAAAUGAUUUUUGAUCUUUGACCAACACAAUUGAUGAAAGAAGCAAGCAGCCUAAGGAAGUUGGGAGAGCACUUCUAUGCAACAUGCAUUCUGCAAGAGGAGUCUCUGCCCUCUCCAGAGGAAUUGAGCACUCAAAUUAUAGAGGAAUCGUCACAAUAUUGAUUCUCUUAGUCCUUAUAUCCAACUGUAGGUUUAUCUAUAAGCAGUUCAGCUCAAAAGGAGAAGCUUUGAAAGAAGGAGUAGUAUUGUUGUUAACUCAUCAAGGAAGCUUUAUCACCAUUGAAUCUGUUCUAUGGUUCCUAUACGCAAACCAUUGGUUUGUACUCUGCCCUGCGGUUUCUUACCUUCUUGAGAAAUUUUUAGGGCCCAGAGCAUCAAUCCCGAGGGCGAUAUUCUUCUGCUUAGUAGUAUUAAACCUGCUGUAUGUGCUAGUAUUUCCAAUAUAUUACCUUCAAGUGUAUCCAACGAAUGCAUUUGCAGGAAUGUUCUACCUGAUGUUCUCUUGUAUCUGGUUCUUCAAAUUCUGGAGCUAUCAUCACAUCUGGCACGAUGUGAGGUACCAUCUGAUAAAGGCUAACAAAUUUGAGGAUGUCGGUGAAAGUAAAGUUGACCAAAUCAAAACCCAGAAAACCCACAGAAGAAAAGUAUCCAUAUCAAAGGAGAAGUUAGGUGAUCACCUCUUCCUUCCUGGAAACCUUGUUGACGAAAUUUAUCUGUACCCUGGAAACGUGACUGUAGGGGAUGUCUGGAUGUUCUGCUUAAUCCCAACACUUUGUUUCCAGUUAGAGUAUCCUUACUACAAGAAGAGAAAUAUCUUAGGCUUCAUUGUAAGACUACUUCAGUGUUUCUUCUUCAUUGCUGUAUGGAUCACAAUUUUAAGUGAAGUUUCCCUUCCAAUAACUGUAGAUACAGUGGAGAGCUUCAGGAAAGAAGACUAUUGGGAGACAGUUUACUACUUCUUCAGUCUGUCAGCUCCAAACACAUACGCAUGGCUGAUCCAGUUUUAUCUCGGUUUCCACUGAUACUUAAACGCUUUUGCUGAACUCACAGGAUUUUCAGAUAAAAAUUUCUAUGACGAUUGGUGGAACUCGGUGACUCUUGACGAGUACUGGAGGAAAUGGAAUCUGCCAAUGCAUUACUGGCUUACAAGACAUAUCUACUUCCCUAUCAAGAGAAGAAAGAUUGGAAGAGGAAUGGCUAUGGGCAUCGUAUUCGCCUUCUCAGCUUUCUUCCACGAAUACAUAAUAGCUGGGGUCACUGGAAGAAUCACCGGCCUUGGCUUCAAUGGGAUGAUGUGACAGCUUCCAAUCAUCUUAAUUCAAGAUAAAUACAAAAAGUAUAUAACCCCUGAAGUAGGUAACGCCUUCUUCUGGAUCUUCUUCUGUAUCAUCGGCCAACCCGGAGGAAUAGUCACCUUUUACUACAUCAUGACCAGUUAGAAUAUUCUAGACAUUUAAAAAAGUGACGUUAUUUCACGAAACACCAGUUCA